AUGAACAAGGCAAAUCACACAGACAUUUCAGAAUUUGUCCUACUUGGAUUUGGAAAAUUAUACAACCUCAAGAUUUUAAUCUUCAUAUCUUUUUUUGUGAUUUAUAUUGCAACAUUGUUUGGCAACCUCCUGAUUAUUAUUUUAGUAUCAACAAGCCAACAGCUUAAUACUCCGAUGUAUUCUUUCCUUAUGCACCUAUCCAUAUGUGAUAUUGUAUUUACCACAAAUAUUGUGCCAAAUAUGCUGCAUGAUAUAUUGCAUGAAGUGGGCAAAAUGUCCAUGAAAGGAUGUGUAUUACAAUUCUAUGUAUAUGGAUCAUCAACUGUUGCAGAAUGCUUCAUUCUUUCAGUAAUGUCUUAUGACCGUUAUCUUGCCAUCUGUAACCCACUACUUUAUACUGCCAGUAUGAACCUUUGUAUUAGCAUAAAACUAGUAUGUGUCUGUUGGUUGCUAGGUUUUCUGGUAACACUCAAUACUUCUCUAAUGGUGUUUAGCAGAGAUUUCUGUGGUCCGAAACUUAUUGACCAUUUCAUCUGUGAACUUUCACCCUUGUUAAAAUUGUCUUGUUCUGACACAUAUACUGUGGAAGUUGUCAUCUUUACAUUAUCUGUCCCUAUAAUACUUCUUCCAUUUAUUUUGAUUAUAAUGACAUAUAUCUGCAUUUUUAUAACAGUCCUUAAAAUUCCCUCCACUUCUGGGAGACAGAAGACUUUCUCUACCUGCAGCUCACACCUGACAUCAGUAAGUACAUACUAUGGAACUUUAAUCGCAAUCUAUGUUGUUCCAAGGAAGAGACAUUUGCUCAGUAUAAACAAGGCAUUAUACCUCCUGUAUACAGUAGUAACUCCAUUGUUUAAUCCAAUCAUCUAUAGUCUCCGGAACCAGGAUAUCAGAAAAGCAAUAACAAUGUUGUUAUAUAAAACUAUAUUAUAA